UUCACCACCGCCAAGUCGCCAUGGCGGCUCGCCGCCCCGUAGGCCUGACGCCGGACGCUCCAUGGGCGGCGAGUAGAUGAUCGAGAAAAUCAAACUCUGACGUUCGCGCGGCCAAGCCGAUUACCCGGAGCAUCAGCGAGUAUCUAUCUAUCUGCAAAGAAACAAAAUUAUGGCGUCCGGCGCUGGCGGCCUCCUCCUACAAGUCGGCUUUGCGGCAGCGCUGCGGCGCCGGCGGCGGAAGUGAGCCUUCGCGCAAUCAGCGCCAAGCGGCGACCCACAGCCAGCGCCGAGCGGCAUCGCAAGCACGGACCGGGGGUGUGCGGGAGCACCGCGUCUCGGUCUUCGCGCUUCGGGCCGCAGUUUUCGUCGAGACGCGGGCGACACCACCGGCAGUGGAUGUGAGCCGUACUCGUCGCUAGGCCUCCCGGCGCCCGGGACAACCUCCCGUCUCCGGGCAACGCACUAGUGCCGACAGCGUGCUCGCGCUGGCGGUUCACGGUUGUAACCGUGACAAGCCGUCGGCGGGCCUUGGCUUUGACGACGACAUGAAGAGAGCGGCGCUGCCGAAUGACUUGACUUCGUUGCGGAGCGACAGAUGACGUGCACCAGAGAUGGCGACCGCAGGAGUGAACGGCACCGUGGCACGGUACCGCUUCGGCAUGAGGUACUUCUCAAGGUUGAUGAACCCUCGGCCGGUUGGGAACGAGCCGUACGUGCCGACGGAGCUGGAGCACGUGGCCAACAUCAUCACGCAUGCGCUGAGCAUCCUGCCCAGCUUCUUUGCUCUCAAGUUCCUGCUCCAGCGCGCCCACACCCCGGCACACCUGACGGCUGCCGUGGUGUACGGAAUCGCCCUGGUCUUGCUGUUCGUCACCUCGUCGCUCUUUCACUCCAUACACUUCCUCGGAAAGCUCAGGACCCUCAAAAUGAUCUUACACCGGUGCGACCGUGCUGCCAUCUACAUCUUCAUCGCGUCGGCCUACACGCCCUGGUUACUGCUACGCGAGUACAGCUCGUGGGGCCAGAAGCAGCUGUAUGUGGUUUGGUUCCUCUGUGUUCUAGGCAUCACCUACCAGAACAUCUUUCACGAGAGGUACAAAACUCUCGAGGUGCUCAUCUACAUAGGCUCGGCCGUGUUUCCCGCUUCCGCCACAUUUUCGAUGCGACCUCUGACGGGCCUCAAGGAGCUGCUGUUCGGCGGCUUGCUUUACUUCGUGGGAGUGGUGUUCUUCAAGUCCGACGGCCGCGUGCCGUUCGCGCACGCCAUCUGGCACCUGUUCGUGAACGCGGCCACGCUGGUGCACUACCACGCCGUGUACCGGUACCUCUUCCGGGCCGCCCAGGUCGCCCAGGCCGCGCAGGCCGCCCAGGCCACCGCGGCGCACGAGCACCACGACUAGGGGCGCCGACUGGUGGUGGCCAUCGGAAAUGCGGCGACGGUGAACACGGUGAACCGUCGUGGACAGGCCCGAGGCGCGACGUUCUUCAGGACCUUAUUCCUUCGGAACUGGUCUCGUAACCCAUGGCAUGCUGCGGUUCCCUCAACAGGGCUGGUCUUGUUCAGGACCGAUUCUGUCCACGCCUGGUCAUGUCCCGGACCCACGCUUGCACAAGCAGCUGUCGUCUGCUCUAUGUUUGGUGGACUGGCUUUGCCCAGGACUAUAGCUUCUUGUGCAAGGGCUACAUGCUGUCCAGGUCUGGACUAGGCCUGGAUGGAGGCGGUCGUCUCCAGGACUCUUGCUGGCCCAGGACAAGCUUUCUCGUCUCGAAACCGGUCCUCCACAGGGCUGGUCUUGUCCAGGACAGAGCCUUUGUCCUUUCCAGGACUGAUCACGACUCCAGCAACGAGUUGACUAGCCUGGGCAGGAUUAUCUAUAGUCCCCUCCCGUCCGGGACCGGCGCUCUACGGGACUGACGUGGCUCACCAAUCGCGGGUAUUCUCUCCAAGACUGAAGGAGUUCUGCUGGACCAAUCCACGCCGCAAGAUUAACCGGUGAUAUCGCGACUGACUGUCUAUUAGACGUAGCUGCCGGGUGUCUAUAUUAAGAGACCGCGUAGUGAUUAACAGCGGCGCUUGCUGUUUUACAAGGGAUACGCCGCACGGCGACAAUGAUCUCAGCUCGAGACUGCUUCUUUUUUGUGUUUUUUUAAACGGGACGAGCGUAAUGACUGAUUACAAAAUCGGGGGGUUCAGCGGCGACGGCGACGAUGACGUUUUGAAUAGAAAUUGUGCGCUCUUGGUUUGUUUUAAGUGCGUGUGGUGUGCAGAUGUGCGGGUGCUGCGUAGAAGCCGAAGUUAGGAGAUAUUUGAAUAUUUGCCGCCCUCUGCAGUCACCACAUAAAUUGUCCCAGAAGGGUCAUAAUAUGAACGCCUUGUGUGCGUCAUUAACGUGUACCACUGGCGGCACUGCUUUGAACUAACGACGUUGGUCUCUAAAGCCACUGUCUCGAAUUAUGAGAGAGAGAGAGAGAGAGAGAGAGAGAAAGAGAAAGUACGCAGCUCAGGCGUGAAGGUGCUACAAGUUUUCUUUUUUAAAGGAAUUCAUCCGGGCCAGUGCAAAGUCGUGUUCUCGUAUUAACAAUGACGUGAUGUACAACAGUGGACGCUGUGAUUUGACGUAUAGCGGAGGGAAGUACUUGAGGAUUGACGGCACUGGUGUUUCUGCUGCUCGUCGCAUCGAUGCACUCGAGAAUGAUGCGAUGCAGAAGAAGAGAGAAAAUUGGCUUUGACAAAGUCUACAAAGUGAUGUGAACACGCAGACAAAAAAAAAAAAGAAAAAAAUAUCCAGACGGUAAACAGACGGCUUUCGUCGGCGAUUCUUCCUCUGACGUCUGUCUUAAUGCAACAAAAAGAGAGACAGACGGCAUAUAAAGAAGCGUAUCCGUCUGGUCUUCUUUGUCUUUGCGCUGUCCUUGAGAUAGAUUACAAAUUAGCCUGUUCACAAGCUUAAAGCCCAUUGGCUCGGCAUUUAUGCACAUCACGUCCGUUUUCAAUGGUUUUGUAGCUAUAGUCGUCAUACACCAAGAGCAACAUCCUCGAAAGUUGCCGUUUGACCUUCAUUGUUUUUAGCAUAAAACGUCCUUACCGCGAAAUUAACGAAAACAUCGUUUCCAGAGGAUAUUUUGUCAGUAUAAACUGGUGUUGCUAUUUAGUGUCUAUUUAGUGUUCCUUUAAAGUGCAUUCAUAACUGGGCGCGUUAUUACAAGUUGCGGCAACCAUGAUAUGGAGGCGAGAUGCUCAGUGCAUGUCUGGGCUCAAGGACUAAACAGGCGCCUUGUACAUACUAGAAAGCUAGAACGACAGCGCCAAAGCGUGCUAAAAGAAAGAACGGCUAGCUAGAGCCGACUUGCCCAAAGCGAAUACGAUCUCAGGCGCACAGCUUCCGAGUUAAGCUGUGCAACGCAUGCGUAUAGUGAAAGUCAUGAAAGAGAGUGAAGAAAUCGUCAAGCACGCUAUUUUUUCCGGUGCUCAGUCCAAAGGGGGCGCUCGUGCGUGGUGCGGUGCAUGUGUUAUUCAUGGUGCCAAGAAGAUGUUUAAAGUACAGCCUUUAUGACAACGUUUUGAUAAUGAAUGAGACUGCCUGGACAGAGCUAGGCGUUCUGGCCUCACUGAAAGAUGUGAGUAAUGAUAUUGAAAUAUGAAUUCGUGCUAAGCCUCACGCACGUACAAGGACGUUGACUUGAUGAGCGAUACCUUAACGACGCGCAUGCGCACUUGCGGCCUCGGCGAUUUUCAUGUGCGCCAAGGAUGGAGGCUUUGUGAAGUAUGACAGGGUUGAUGCGGGCUUACAAAGCGCCAACCACAUGGAGCGUAUUUCGGGCGUAUCUCACGCGCACUGUCGCCGCGCGCGUAUCACGGCGCGCCAUGAACACGGCGAAAUAGCAGUUCAAAUGCAUUUCAUGCAGUUGAUAAUUAAGCGGCAGCCACAUCGCACGUAUUUCGUGCCUGAUGUGGGCGAUAGCGCUGGCCACGAGACAGACGCGGCGAAAGAGCGCGUGAGAAGCGCGCGAUGUAUACGCCUGAUGCAGUUGCCGCUUCGAGCUAUGAAUCGUUCUAAGAAUACGGGUGAGAGAUCAUGUAGUGGACGGUUACUUAGAGUUAUGCGGGCCGUACGAGAGAAGUUCUGUUAUAGGAACAAAGAGUGAUAGCUGCAUACUGUUAUGACGGUGCUAUAAGACGACUUAAAAGCGAUCUCGACGUUAUCACUUCCUCGAACGAUAGCCUCAGAGAUUGGCAGGCGCGGAGCUCGUGCUCGGAUGAUGCAUAUACAUGUAUGUAUACUAUCCGAAAGAUAUGUGAGAGUUUUAGACGCAGUAACGAUGAAUUGUGCGUGUGGCUGUUGCGACUGCCCUGGCAGAGAUAAUGAUGAUAGGAAAAGAGUAACACCACCUCCAGCUGGCCUCAAGAUGAGUGACAGCUAUCAUUAUAGGGCAACAUUGCAGACAGAGACAACGAGAUAUGCAGCAUACAGGACCAGGUGUCGAUUAAAAUUUAAACUCUAAGAGCUUUUGACCAAUUAGGUGAUCGAUUGGUCGCUCUAAAGAAACGCGCAUAUUAUUCAACGGUUGCACUUUACGCGCAUAUAUUGAACGGUUGCACUUUACGAUCCCAGCUACUGUCUACACUGUAAAGAAAGUGCAUACCCUCCCGUGCUCAUUCGCGAUCACUUGAGGAUUGCGGUUUCGUAUCGUUACUUCAUGUAACGUUUCAGUACCGCGUUACCGUUGUACCGUUACAGUUGACGAUACCGCCUGCCGCUGACUGCGCAUGCGCAAAUGGGAGAAAGCGGUAUCUGUAAAUCGGUAAAUGUAAAUCGAUUCUGUGAAAUCCAGUUAAGACGGAGGUUCACUCUAUGAUGUAGACGAAUUUAACAACGGUCGAAGAAGGGAUGACGCUGGGGCCAAAGUUUCAACAAGGGGACAUUGUCUUCCACAGUCCUGACUAGCCCUGACGAAGCAAGUCCCCUUGACGAAACGUUGGCUUCAGCGAACAUCUCUUGUUCUACCACUGUUAAUCACUGUUCUCUAUGAGUGCAGUAAACGAACAACGCAGUAUGUGCGCAGUUUUCCUGCACGAGAAUACGAAAGUUCGGCUACUUGGUUCCCGAUCAACACGGCGAGCAGAGCAGACGAACAGAGCAGACGAGCAGAGCAGACGACGGAUUACGAGAUCGUAGAUUUGCCGUUUGUAGACGCGAAGGAAUGGUUUUUCACUCGCGCAUGGCGGUAACACGAUUCCAGUCGUAACUGCACAGUCGAUGAGUAAGCGUUUUCCACGUCAAGAAAGGACGCUUUUCGGCUAACGAUGUGCAGUGUGUGUACGGUGUUCAGUUGGUGCGUGAAUGAGAACGUUAUGUAUAGACCUUGCGACGUCUAAGAAGGCUACCCCCCAUGGAGGAAGGAAAAAGACUAGGAGGAAACUUCACGUGACAAUUCUGAAGCCUAGAAAUCAACUAGAAAAGAAACGUUUGUGGGAAAUAGGCCUUCGCAUCGUGAUAGACGAGCGGUAAUCUCUAGCCGUCGAGCGCGAGGAGAGUAUAUGGGUGAGAGUGGAGCGAAGACCGGGUGGUGAAGGCCGAUUGUGACGAGAACGUCACUAAAUAACAUUGUCUCCGAGAUCGACGGCUCGGAGGCCGUGUUAAAUUACCACGAACCAAUGUUUUGAAAGGUCCGGCAAUCUUGGACGACCUAUUUUCCAAGGAAGGAAGGGGCGACGUCAGAGGGGGUUGGCUCGCCGAAGCUAGCUAAAUGAUGUCAUGCCCCCUACUAGUUUCUUUUCUUCCUCCAUCGCUAUCCGCGAUGGUACACUCGCACUCUGGAUCUCGAAACAGCCCUAGAUGUAUAGGAUACCCUACUUAACUGCCUUACCGUGCCAAACGCACUCGUGUAAACGCUUUCUCGUAGCAACACUUCAGCCAAAGAACUUGUGCGCGCGAAGACAACUCUCUGAAAGCAUGUUCGCCCCCUUUGCUCAUUUCCUCGCGACGCCCCAGAAAUCGACGCAAGCUGUCGCCUAUACACGCCUAUAUAGCAGCUCCAGUGUUUCAAUAUUUUUUUUUUCUCCCAUGCACACUCGUUUCUUUUACAAACGCUGCCAAGUACAAAAUACAGCUGCACAACUGUCGGUCGAUACUACUCGCGUUAUGUAUUUUUAUGAUUUUCUUUUCUCCUCGACGAUGCCAAACAAACCGUUGAGCGAAGUUCAUGACCGUAGGUGUAUAGAAAGUCCCAAGUUGUUGUUUCCGAAAGUUACAUUCCUCUUAGCAUGCCGCUCAGGUGCUGUCGAACGUUUUAAGUGUGUGCUGUGGAUUGUGAGCAGAAGGCACACGUAUGUAGACGACAAGCGGCCUAUAUGUGUAUAUAUAUAAAGGCCUAAUUCCGGUGCGGUGGCGUCGCAACGAGUGUUUGCCAGGAAGAGAGUAGAGAUUUAGCUAAACGUAUACGCGUAUGAACGUGUAACUUCGGGCGAGUUCUUGAAUUAUAAUAAACCAGCGCUUGGUACAUAUAAAUAGGACAGAAGACACCGGGAGACGCAGACGACAGCUGAAAGUUUUCGUCUGCAUCUAUACAGAUGUCGUCUGUCCAAGCAGCUACGCACUAUUUUAGUGCAGCUUCCCGUCUAUGGACUUAUUGCGGUAAUUCUGAGUCGCAAGGUAGCAGGGUUUUAACAACUGCUUCAAAUGAAAUCGCCGCAAAAAUUAAACGCCCAGCGGGCAAAUUCACGAUUUUGACUAAUUCCUGCACCCUCUGGUGACGCCACAAGGUGUCGUCGCCAGAGCAACCGUUCGUGUAACGUUUAGCUAAAACUCUAUAACGUGCUGCGCUACAACUUUUUAACACUGUGGUGUUCCGAUUCAUCUUUCACGACGUCUGCAUGCGUCGAUCCCCGUUUCGUCGCUAACAGUUACGUGUUAAAAGCAAGAUACGUGAACAUAGCAACGCGAACGUCUUCGCUUAAAAGCGACGGCGUUCUAGCUCGUCUCUAUAAUCCUUGGUAGUAUACAUAGUGCACUAGAAUACUAUUCUGGCACGCCGUAUUGGUAGCUAUUAUAUGCAAGGUGCUUCGACUGAUAUAUACUAGGUGAGCGGUGCAGAAAGCCGUCGAAAUAGCGCGUCAAUUUAUUUUCCUGUAUCAGAAUUUCGGAGGCGCAUUCCAAUGAGGCUGCGUAUAAGCUAUAGCUGUCACAUGAACGCGCAUGUGCCAUGCAUGAUUGAAACACAUUAGCGGGACAAUUUUCAAAUGCAAGCGCACGUACACGUGAGAGACGUGCUAGUUUGGUUCACGAAUGUCCAAUAAAGGUGCCCGUGGUUCUUUACUCCCGUACGAAAGAUAGGCGCAUUUACUGGCCAAUAGGAGCUCAAGUCAGCAGCACAAAUGUCCGUGCUCAAACAGAAUGUCCUACAGUUCACUUUUGAAUUAUACCUCGCUCGAGUUUCGUACGUCCGUGCGUGCACAUAUGCUGUAGCUACCAUGAACGCACUAUAUAAGUGGCCUUCCAUCUGGCCUUUACGCCCUGCCUUAAAGACACACUUUAGACAAAAAUUGUUAGAGCUGUAUGAGUAACGUACCCAACUGCAAUAUCAAAAAAGAAGCCACUCUUACCGUAAGAAGAGGCUUGGUAAUGCAGAAAAUAGGUGCAGAAGCGAGCGACAGGUGGCGACACCGCCUCGAAGUUCCCGCACCAGUUCGCCGCAGUGACGUCAUAGAUUUGACGGCUGUCUUGCUCGGGUCUAUGGUUACGUUUUUGUUGGUAUAGACAUUGCGUUCUGAAACAGCCAAAGACUGAACUACGUUGGUUUCAAGACCUUUCCCUGAACCACAGUGACCCAACUGCGAAAAAAAAGAGCUUUUUAACUUCGUGACGUCAUGCUGACGGGCCGGUACUAGAGCUAUGACGCGAAAUUAAAAAAUAAAGAACUCUAACCUUCAUUUACACUUCUUUCAGUAGGGGUGUGCGAAUAUUCGAGAAGUUCGAAUAUUAUCGAGUAUUAU